AUGAGUCGAGCCAACAAACUUGGCCCGGAGGUAAAUCCCUACAACGUAACUCCAGAGGAGCUGUUCGACCUGUUCGGCAAGUACGGGCCUAUCCGUCAAGUCCGACAGGGCAUCGCGAGCAACACCAAAGGCACUGCCUUCGUUGUCUAUGAAGACGUAAUGGAUGCGAAGCAGGCGUGCGACAAGUUGAACGGCUACAACUUCCAGAACCGUUAUCUCGUCGUACUAUACCAUCAACCCGACAAGAUGGUUCGCACAAAAGAGGACCUGGACUUAGACGGGCCUGCGGACAGCCUUCAGAGCCAACGCAAAAUGUCUGGAGGCCCGUCUUCUCCGACAUCCCCCUCCGCGACGACAAAGGCCGCUUCGGCGCCCCGUGCGCCAAAGUCGAUCGUCAAGAAGAGCAGGCCGGAUAUUGCCGCGCACGCGCAAAGGAUUCCUUACUUUGUGCGAAAGCUACUUCCGACGGUGCCAGAGUGCGCCUAG